CUCCAGUGUCACCUUGGAGACUAGCUGGCAAACUCCAGGCCUCCCAAAAGAGGGGGGGGCCAAGGCAGCCGGGUGUGUAAACAAGUAAAACGAGAUGGCUAAAGAAGCUUUGCAGUGAGGCCACGGCCCAUUAUCACCUGAACUUGUUGCUUGAGCCCAGAAUACUAUCCAAGCCUCUGGAACACCACCGAGUACUGAGUGGAAACCCCAGAUUCAGAAGAGCAUUGCAGUGUUUUAUCUUCCAGAUGUCGGGCACAGCAAGGCAUGACCGAGAGAUGGCAAUCAAUGCAAAAAGAAGCCUGUCCAAAACCACUGACCCUUUAGAAAGACUUCGCCUGCAGUGUCUAGCAAAGGGUUCUGCUGGCAUCAAAGGACUUGGCAGAGUAUUUCAGAUUAUUGAUAGUAACAACAGCAGAACCCUUGAUUUCAAUGAGUUUCUGAGAGGACUACGUCAGUAUGCUGUGAUGAUCAAUAAGGAAGAAGCACAAGAGCUUUUCCGGAUAUUUGAUAAAGACGGCAGUGGAACAAUUGAUUUUGAUGAAUUUCUUGUUACACUGAGACCGCCCAUGUCCAAUGCAAGGAAAGAGAUCAUCAUGCAGGCGUUUCAGAAGUUAGACAAGACUGGAGAUGGUGUCGUAACAAUUGAAGAUUUACGAGGGGUGUAUAAUGUAAAAUAUCAUCCCAAAUACCAAAAUGGAGACUGGACAGAAGAUCAAGUUUUUAGAGCUUUUCUGGAUAAUUUUGAUUCACCAAAUGACAAAGAUGGGAAGUGUCAUCCUGAGAGAUACCAGCUGGUAGCCAGCCAUCCCCUUCCACUGCAAUGGUGACAUCUAGCAAAUUUCAAACAAAAUGUUCCUGCUUUUUCUGCUGAGGUCAUACAUGAACACAUUAAAUGAAUUCCCAGACUGAUCCUUGAUGAGUUCAGUGCCUGGUAACUCCGAGCAUCCACCAAUCCUCAUGUUAGCUCACCUGAUUAGUGCUUCUUCUGAGAACAGACUGUGGUUUCCUGAAUCAGAAGACAAUAAUGAUACUGAUUACCUAAAAGGUUUGUAGCAGAAAUGGCUCAAGCAUUUGCUGAGCAUUUACUAGAAAGGCCCUCUUCACUGUGAUCUUGCAGGGUGCCUCUCAAAUAGGCAGUUUUAGUGAGGCUUGUUAUUAUCUUGUGAUGGUAGGACAGUCUGAAGUGGUCCCUUCUCCCUGUUGUCAUGUUUUUCUAAGUUCUCAAACACACAAUGAAAUCAGAGCAGAUAUAAUGGAAUCACAGAAUAUGAUGAGUUGGAAGGAGUCCAUCAGGAUCAUCAGGUCCAGCUCCUGGCCCUGCACAGCACACCCAGAAAUCACACCGUGUGCCUGAGAGAAUUGUCCAAAUUCUUCUUUGCCUCUGGCAGGGUGAUGCUGUGACCACUUCCCUGGGGAGCCUGUUCCAGUGCCCAACCCCCCUCUGGAGAAGAACCUGUUCCUGAUAUCCAGCCCACAUCUCCCCUGACACAACUUCAGGCCAUUUCCUCGGAUCCUGUCACUGUCACCUCAGAGAAGAGAUCAGUGUCUGCCCCUUUAGUUCACCUCAUGAAGGAAUUGUAACUGCAAUGAGGUGUGCUGUCAGUCUCAGCCACUCCUCACACAGCUUCCCCUCCAGGCCCUUCACCAUAUUCAUGGCAUUCCUUUGGGCAAUCUGUCACAGCAAAAUGUCUUUUUAAUAUUGUUUUGUAUUUUUCUAUGUGAUGUUUAUUCAAGGAAUGACCUACACAAUUUGAGAGUUAAGGCACUACAAAAGACAUGCAUAGUUUUUCUCUUUGCUAACUUGACUAUUUAUUUUUAAUGGUAAUUUUUAAACCUCAAAAUACCCACCAAAGCUAUUCAAAACUCUUAGGUAUUUGAAAGAAUAUUUGCUUCAUUAAGGGAGACUUGUUUACAGCAAUGAUAUUUCUCUCUAUAGGUGGAUUUAAAAUUCCAAGCUGUUUUUGAAUUGCAUUGGAAAACCCCAUCCACUUUAUUAAUAACUCAGCAAAGAAGCAGAUUAUAGCAUCCCUGGAAAAAAGUACAUUAAAAAGUUUGUCUUCUAAGGCAGGGGUGGUUUUACCUUUCAUUCCUGGUAAGGUUAGUUAAACUUCACAUGUUUCAUCUCCAUCCAAGUGUUAUGGAGGACAAGAGCUCUUGUUUCUAGCAAAGUGAAAUAAAGCAAAUUUUAAAUGUCUUAAUUCCUCCUGUUGGAUUACUUUUUGUUAGCAGCAACAUGAAAUAGGAGAUGUUCAUUUUCAUUAAGAGUUCCUCUCAGUGUGUGGGUUUGACUGACAGCAUUAAA